AUGGACUACGACCACUACAUCCAGGAGCUCACCUCGGACUCGGUCCCCCAAGACCGCGCCGAGAGGGUCAUCGCAGAGGCCGUCUGGGCUUAUAUGAACCGGCUUGCCGACAAUGCCUGCGACCUUUACGAACAGAGACUGAAACAGCGGUGCCAGGACCAGGGGCAGGUUUACAGCGCCAAUAGGCAACCGCGAGAGAACUUUCCUCUCGAGUUGUUCACCAAGAACAUCAAGACCAACAAGCUUGACGCUGCUAAGUGGAAUGCGACCAUCCAGGACUACCUCGCCAGCCAUAUGCCAGAAGGCAUGUCUCCUCCAGAUCCAAAUGAGGAGCAAGACAUUUUGAACUGCCUUCGUGUCGCCGACCAACAGAUCAAUGCAGCGUUUCCUGAUGAGAAAAACCAGGGCACUUCGUCUCAUCGUCAUGACGACAAGCUUCCUGACCACGAGCUCUUCGCUCCGGCCAUACCAUUUAUCUACUACGUUGCGUCGGCAGCAGCAAUGGCAGUGAUGACCACUGCGGGUCUAACUCUUAGCACUCAUCUGCGAAGAAAACGGGGGCCCGAGAAUAUACCUCGUAUUCCCUUUGACUGGGACAGUUCCCAGGGACCAGGAGACAGCACGGUUGCGAUUGUAGGUCCCUGGACAGGCACUGGAGGUAGUGGAGGGCAUCCGCCUUCGCCGCCUCCACCGGCGCCUAUCCCGGACAUGAUCCCGGACCGGCGACGGAAGAGAGAGAGGCGCGAGAAGAAGAAGAGGAGGCAGGGGGACAAAGACAAGCGCCGAAAGGAUCGCAAGGACUACUACUUCGGCUACGUCGACCGAGUUGAGCCAGCUGGGGCGGGAUACGAGAUUCGCGUCGAGGCGAUCGCGGAGAACUCGCUGUCGGAUGAGGUCUUCAUGCGCGAGCUCGAGAAACUCGCCGUGGCAGCUGGCGGCAACCCCGGGUUCGGCCGUUACCGUCUUGCACUUAUCUCCAUCUAUGUUCACAGCGUUCCGCCGGCCGUUGAGGUGGGAAAGUGGAUCAAUUUCAAAGUGGAGACGAAGAACAAGACGCUUGCGACGACUGAUAGCCCCGACGUCUCCGGCGCUUUUACGGACGGAGUCAGUCUUCUGGAGGCGCUGGAGCCCAGAUUCAGCAUCGUCAACAUGAGGAUAGAGUGCUAUUUUGCGAAUAAUGAUGGUUUUGUUGUCCAGACAGACGUCAACACAAUCACCAAGGACAUCACAGCUAACGCUUUUGCCAUUUUGCAGGCUGGCUUCAGUACUUUCAACUUCGUUACGGAGGCCAUCAAAAACUUACUGGACAUGUUCAUGAAUAAGGACAAGAAGGAGGACGAAGAGCCAUCAGAUUCUGGGGUGAACCCAUCCCGUUUCCGUCACAGCGGACGAGUCUUUAAUAGUGACCUCACGGAGAUGUUUGCCAAUGACUUCGGAUACGGGAGGGUUGGCACACGCAAGGCGACCGUGUGCUCCCACAUGAUCAAGGGCCAAGGCCGCGUGCCAAUCCUUCUCUCCCACUGGGACGCGGACCAUUUCCGUAUUGCCAAGAGUUUCGUUGCGAAAUAUUACUCCGGCUCGGCCGACGACGUCACCUACCGUACCUGGGUGGCACCCGGCGGCGACCACAUCCAAGGACCGGUCACCCACGAGCUGGCCUGGAACAUCGAGCACCACAAGAAGCUUUUACAAUGGCCGAGUGACAUCGAGAGCCUCGAGGUCGGCAAUGUCGGCAUCGUCAAUUGUGAGCGCAAUUACCAGUACCAGAUGCCGGACAAGAACAACUACGGCGCGCUGGCGCUCGUUAUCGGCCGCGGAAAUGAGAUUUUGAUUUAUCCCGGUGACGCCAACUACGAGUCAAUCCCAGGCAUUUCGGACUGGAACCACAAAGUGAGCACAUUGAUUGCGACACAUCACGGCAGCACGGUCGCCCUCCAAGGGCCUCGAGGCUCAGUUGGCGAGAGCAUCCCUAUCGCGAGUUCCGACCAGUCGUACGCUCUCUUUUCGUACGCUCAGGGCAACACAUACGGCCACGACAUAAAGACGGCAUCCAAGUAUUACGCGAAUGCGGGCUACAAAUUGGUCGACGCCACGGCGGCGCUCAAACCCCAGGAAGAUACCUUUGAGAUCACCAAUUUUGGUGGGGAUUUUUUGUCGGACAAUUUUCUCCGGGCCUCGCCGGAGAACGAGCCUACGAAAUCCAACCGGCCUGUGGCGGCGGCGACAGGCGGCCGGGAGAUUCUGCCGGGGCUGCAGGCAACGUCGAUGCCCCAGCCUCAGCCAGAUUGGGCCAACUCGACGCAGAAGCAACCUCCGGUGCAGUUGAGUGACGAAAAUAGUGCCAAGCAAUUCCCAGCCCAGCUUACUCUCGGCAGCAUCCCGGGCGGGGCGGCACCGGGGCCGGGCCAAGAUGAUCUCCUGAAGUAUGCCACCCGAGACGAGGACGGGGAUAUUGUUAUAUACGACAUCAUGGCAACAAAGAUCGUCCUCGAGAGACUCCCGCUCUGCGUCCCGUGCAAUACCGACUAUCCGGUCACGGUCCAGAUUAGCUGUCGCGACCUUGAGAUUCGUGGCGUCCAACCGCAGGACGGCUUCGUGCCGCUAGUGCGCUUCGACGUCGCUAACGGCUCCGAGUGGGUCCAAGGAGCCGACGCAGGCCAAGAUGGCGAGCCGGGUAACCCGGGCUUUGCGGGGGGUCGCGUACGUCUCGCCGUUGCGGGAGAGUGGACCCGCACAGGCUCAGGAGGCUCUUCUCCCAUUCGGGGCUUCACUAUCCAGUACCGUGAGGGGUGGGGUAGCAGCGGACAAAAUGGCGGAAACGGGCUGCCGGGUAGCAAUGGAGUCAACGGCGGCGUCAUGGCCAUCGGCCCCACAGGCAAGGUGUCUUAUAGCAGUGACAGACCGAAGGCGGGUGGCAACGGCGGCAACGGCGGUAGGGGAGGCGACGCUGGGGCGCCGGGGACGAUUGCGGACUCGGAGGUCCUAGCUGUCAGCAGUAAAUGGCCAGGUUGGGAGGUGAUCAUUGAUACCGGGACCCCAGGGACGCAAAGCGAGUAUGGGAAGGCCGGGACUGCUGGAAAAGGAGGAACUGGCGGCCCGGGAGGUACAGGUAGCAAGUACACCUUGGCGUACACCGAUAGCCAUGGUAGAAUGACGGGCUCAAAUCUCGAAGAGGCUGCCAUGGCUGAUGGCGCGCAUGGGCGGAAUGGCGAGGAUGGGAAGGAAUUUGGCCGAUCUGCGGCCCAGUCCAAGAAGGCGAGGGUGAAUCUGAAGAUGGUUGCGACGGAGGACGACAUGCUUGAUCAGAUGGCACCUGCGGACUGGAGAUUCUAUUCGGAUUAA